CACCAUCAGCUCGUGAAUCCAUAUAUGAGGAAGUUUCGCUGAUUUUGGAUAUGAAAAUCUGAAGAAUCGGAAGUCAACGCAGGUCUGGCACUGUUCAUUCGAAAUUUUGUCUCUUUGAUUCACGAUGAUCCAGACUUCUUUGAUGGCUAAUUUUUGGAUAUACUGAGCGGUUUGAAAUCCCCUUCCAUCCUAUGAAGUUGAAUUUCAUUAUCAAUUGAUUUUCAUUUCGAUUUGAGGGGUUUAUGGGUUACGAACUACUGUUCAUAGCGAGAACCUUGAUUAUGAAUGCUUAUGCUUUUUUUCCAAGUUUUGUGGAUUCUUCCCUGCUGUUUUGAGUUCCUUUGAGAUGCAUAUGAAUGAUUUUACUUGUACGAGUUCCUAGUAUGAAUAGCUGCUGGUGUUCUUGACUCCUUUCACGACAUAGUUUCCCAUUAUGAAUAGUUGUUGUUUUUCUUGUUUCCUGAGAUAUCAAUGUUCUGAUGACGGCAUUGAAACAGAUAAAAGAGAAAGCUCAUAAGGGCGAUCGAAAGAAUAAUGAAGAGACGAUAUCUAGGUUCAUAUAAUCAUAUGGAAUUGUAGAACGUAUUUGAUUGGUUCAUUUUGUGCAGUUAUUGUGACAUGCUACAGACAUGUGUUAGUAAAUUCAGCCUAGUGUUUGGGAAUAGAUCAUCCUUGGACAUGAAUAAGGACAAAAGAGCUUUGGAGAGUUUCCAUAUUGGGGAGCUCCAAAGAAAUGGUUGUUGCUAUUUCAUUGAGAUGUUCAAGACAAGAUAAAGUGCGAGAAGCGGGGCUUGGGGAGAACUUACGAGUCCGAGUAUCUGGGAUUGAGGAAGAUGAUAUCUUAUCAGGUUUGUUUUAUGCAGUGUUGUGGAUGCUUUGCAAGAAAAUAUUUAAUGGUUUAUCUUCGGAGGAUAAGAGAAAAUUAUCCAUGAAUGCAAAGGCAAUCAAUAUCCUUCAUUGCUCUCUUGGCCCUGACGAAUUUGCAAGAGUGAGUACAUGCAAAACGGCCAAGGAAGUAUGGGAUCUACUAGAAGCCACACACGAAGGAGACAUCUCAACCAAGCAAACGAUGAUUGCCCUAGGAAACUCGGAGUACGAAUCCUUCAAGAAAGGGCCAUGUGAGACAAUCCAAGACAUGAACAAGAGGUUCAACGAGAUUGUCAACAAAUUGAGUAAGUUGGGUAAGACAUAUACUACUUCCGAGCUUAAUACGAAAAUUCUGUUUUCUUUACCAAAAGAAUGGCAUAGUAGUAUAGUAGAUUUAUUACCCAAAUGUGAUAAGGCUGAAACCGCCCACAUUUGGUCUUCCUUGUAUUCUCACGAACUUUUGUUGAGAAAGAUCAAAGAGGAAGAAAUGCGUGAAAAUCCCAAGCUUACCAACGCCUUCAAAGCUUCCAAAGACUCGUCAAAUGAAGAAUCAAGCGAGUCAAGUGAUUCAAAUGACUCAAGCUCCUCGGAAGAGUCAAAUGACGAGGAAGAUGAAGAGAAGGCGAUGAGAAUGAAAUAUACGGAUUUCCUCAAAUGGAAGAAGUAUGUGAAGAGGAAAGAAGUAUAUUCAAAGCCGAAAAAAGAGCGGCAUAAGCCAAGGUAAAUUCUUCUCACUUAUUGGGAUAAGAUGUUUUGUUUUGUUUUAAUUAUUUUCAAAAAUAAAACCUUAUCUCAUACGUGCUUUUAUUUGCUUUAGCCUUGGUUUGCAUGAUUAAAUAAUUUUUUUUAAUUCAUCUUUAAAUCAUGCUUUUUAGAAAAUAAUCCCUAAAAACCCCUGGAAAAAAUAAAGUUUUUAAACUUGCAUCAUUUUAGGGGGAGUUUUCAUUUUUAGAGGGAGUUUCGUUGUAAAUGCACCUUUUGCCCAAUGAUCUCAAAACUAUCAUUUUUCCUAAAAAAAUUCAUUUUGAUAGGGGGAGGGUUUCAAGAAGUUAUACAUAGUUAAAAUUUUCAAAAUACCCUUUUUGAUUUUGACAAAAGGGGGAGAAGAUGUAUACUUCAAAGUGGUGCAUAG